UGUGUGUGUUUGCACUGUGCAGGUCUGCUCAUGCGCCCAUGAAGAGAUGCUGCUGCUGCUGAUCAGAGGUGUGUGCGCUGCGGCGGGCUUAUUUACACCCGUUCAGUCACACUGCAUCAUAGAAAAGCUCUGGCGCUCCUUAGGAAAUGGACUUUCUAAAGGGAUUACUGUGUCUCCGCGGUGAUACAUCUCAAGCUCUAAAUUCACAUCAUCAGUCUCAGAAGCUGUUACUCCAAACAGCGUGGAAAGGAUUUACGCAGCCACAUUACUGAAGAGGAUUCUACCACUUAUGCUGCAUCCACAUUUUAACUGCGUGUCAGAGAUGCCCCCUUCCAUAAAGUGGUGCAUUAGGUGGGCUGUCUGCUUGUCCUUUAUUCUCGCACAGAUCCCCAGGUCCAGAGGAUCAGCACUGAAUUGUCACAAAAUGUGCAUAUGCGCCAGCAACAUCGUCAGCUGCUCCAAGAUGAACUUGACAAUGGUUCCGCCCGAGCUGCCCAACUACACAGCUGUGCUGGACGUUAGUUUUAACGAGAUAACCGGACUACGCGCACAAUGGACCAAGCACAAACUUCCCAACCUCCACAACCUCCUGCUCAGCCAUAACGGUUUGUCGUUCAUCUCUUCUGAGGCGUUCAUUUUCGUAAAGCAAUUGCGCUACUUGGAUCUGUCAUCGAAUAAACUGCGACAGCUGGACGAAUUCAUUUUCGAGCCACUGAUACACCUGGAGGUUCUGUUGCUCUACAACAACCAGAUCUCGCAGAUCGACCGUACGGCCUUCUCAGGCCUCGCUGGCCUGCAGAAGCUCUACCUGAGCCAGAACCAGGUGUCCCGCUUCCCCCUGGAGCUCGUCAAGGACAAGAACCGACUGGACAAGCUGAGCCUGUUGGACUUGUCUUCCAAUCGGAUCAAAGUUCUCCCCAUUCAAGACCUCCAGGCGCUGCCGGCCUGGAUCAAGAAUGGGCUGUACUUCCACAACAACACCCUCAUCUGCGACUGCGAGCUGUACAGUUUGAUGGCUCAUUGGUAUAUCCGACGGCUCAAUUCAGCUGUGGACUUCAAGGACGAACACACCUGUGUGAAUCCCAGCCCGGACAAACGGGUGCUGCGUUUGUAUGAUCUCAACAUCCACAUGAACUGCAGCACAUUUAAAGAAACCGACCAAGAGGCUUAUUUGGAGCAGACGCUCACCCUCAGCUGUGAUACCAAACAGCGGAACAUGACCAAGACCUGGAUGCUACCUGGAAACAUAUUGGUGCCUCCUGACGGUAACCAGAGCGAUACAAAUAAUGAAAUAAAGUUUUUCAAUAAGGGCAACAUACUUGAGAUAAAAUCGAUACAACCUGAGGACUCGGGUGUGUACACUUGCUUCGCCGUGAGUGAAUACCUCAACGAAACGCUCUAUGUGGUGAUCAGAGUCCACAACUUCACCAUCAACGGCAACGGCGAGACCCUCAACACCGCGUACACCACUCUGGUGGGCUGCUUGGCUAGCGUGGUCCUGGUUCUUAUUUAUCUGUACCUGACGCCCUGUCGCUGCUUCUGCUGUCCCGACCAGGGCAAAAAGAACCAGCAUGAAGACAGCAUCCAUUCCUCAAUGCUCAGCGCCACCCCGACGCACGAGGAUAUGGCAACCAAAGCAGAGCUCAACAGGCACGUGGCCUUCAUAGACCCCAAGGACCUGCAGGGACAGAAUGGAAAGCUGAACCCUAAUGGAGAGGAAGACGUGGAUGAGGAGGCCAUGCAGGGAAAAGGAAAGCGGAAGAAAUCGGUGGCAGACUCGAUUAGUUCGGUCUUUUCUGAUACUCCCAUUGUAGUCUGAGAGGGGAUGUGUCUUUUUGGCUAGAGACAGUUCUUUGUUGUGGCUUUCCUGGACUAAGAGACUAAAGUACACAGUUUGCCAUCCUCAGUGUUUGGCUGUUUCUGCAAAACCUUUCCAGCAUUUUAAUCUGUAGCACUUAAGUAUAUACUGUGAAAAGGUCUUGCCAUAUUAGUGGAAUCUAAACUCGGAGUGUUUAGAUGUUCCUGUGAGUUUAAGCCCACUAAGUGUGACUAGAGAUAGUCUGGGUAAACAACAAAUGCAAUUUGCGAUUUCUCAAUGAUCAAGCUAGAUAGCUAUAGGUUGAGAGACGUUAGAACAUUAAUACAUUCUCUAUAUAAUCACAUCAUAAGCAUGAGCUUUGCAAGACUGCUAAUGUUAAGAAAAAUAUAGCAUAGAAUGAAGCCCUUGUAGCUAAUCAUAUUUACCACAAUUUAUCCUAACUGACCAAUCUUAUCACUUUUUGUAAAGCCAUAUGGAAAAAGGAAAGCAAUGCACAUUUGAGAGUACAGUCACAAGAAAUUGAUGGAAAAGUAUGCGUUUCUGUGGAACGUUAGAAGUUGCUUUGAAACUGUAUAUGAAACAUCCUUCUCCUAUAUAUGGCAAUGGAACAAAACAAAAAACUCAAUUAAACUCAACUGGCUGUUUGAAUCUAGACUCUUUCAGUCCAAUUUCAUUAGCAAUAUUAGAUGUUUAAAUGUUAGAUACCAAUAUAAUACCUCCAUCUACAUGAAACUAUAUUUAAAUACAGCAAUUUUUGAACACAUUAACCCGCGCAUAAAAAAUGCAGAACGUGUGCAUUUUCAGCCACUUGAGCUCAUCUGUCAUGACAACCAGGGAGUGACAUAUAACCGAAAUGCUAAUGCAUUCUUUUAAUAGAAUGACGUGUCCCAUCUGCUUGCAUUCUCAUCAUUAAAGCUAUGAUGAAUUGAGCCUGGAUUCAACAGCCAAAACAAUUUCGGACACUCAGACCUCUUCUCACUCUGCGUUCAUUUGCACAUGUGGUGGUUGGAGUCAGUGCCGACUCGUCCAUAGUCAGAAUGGAUGUAAUUUUUUUUUUUUUUUAAAGCGCCGAUGUAAUAAGCCAAAGGCUGGGGGAAUUUUUAAUGAUUAUUUUUUAGCUCUGACCAUUAGCGUUUUCUAAAUGAAUUAAAAAUCAAGUUGGAAGUUUGAACUCAGGUCAAAAUUGCAGCGCUUAGCCAAAUUCCCCUAACGUUCUGAGAUUCUAAAUUAUUACUACAGGCUUACAGCAGCGAUCUUUAAAAGACCAAUAUAAUAUUUGCAUAUACAAUGCCAUAGGAAUCUAAAGAGACUGCUAUGAAUCAUAAUGUAAUGCGUAAAGCUUGUUGGCUGUGUUCAAGGUAGAUGACUAGAUGCAUUCCAACCAGAUGUCAACAUUACGCAUUCCGAUUACAACGCCAUUGUCUUGCUGGACUCGAAAGGCAUGAUAGGACUCUUCUAGAACGCCAAUGAAUGCCGUUAUAGAACCAGACGUGGAUUUAGACCAUCACAGUCUCUAGAACCCUUAAUUCUGGGAAUGCCACUUCCAUUCUUGUGUUCCUGGAAAGAAAUCGGACGCAUCUCACGUGUUAACCAUAACCGCAUAUUUAUAACAGGGUCUGGUUGAGAUCAACGGGAGCAAUCGUAGUUUCCUCCGACCUCUUUCCUUAGUAACAUCGUAAUUACAUCCUGUUUUGCGAGCGAGGAAGUGGGUGAAGCUAUUAAAUGUUUGAUAGGUGGAUGAACUCACAAACAGUAUUAUCUCAGGGAGAGGGAAUGACAGAUAAUAGCAGCUAUGGCAGACUGCAGUCAUGGGCAGUUACGGUCUCUUACACGUCUCUCCAGCUGCAAUCCAAAAUUAGUGUGGAGGGGAGGGAAAGGCCUUACCAUCAUGAGCGCUGUGGGAGGAGGCCUGAGAGAAAAGAGACAGAAAAGCCAAGUGCUCCCCCUAAAACCACAUCCAGCAGCUUUUCGCCCCUGUUGUGUAUGUUCUUCUGAACUGUGUGUCCUUGGCUAUUUCACUAUGAGCAGACUUCCACUGUUCAUUACUCAGCAUUUGACAGUACAUCUGUGCUUUUGUAUGUGCAAACAGUGUUUGUUUUUACAGUGUUUAUGAGAUCGUGUCAUUUUAGGUAGCUUUUUCUCCCCCUUGAGGUUCCAAAGAGACUCAACGAAUUCCUUGUUCUUCUGUGUAUUGUUGUUCCUAUACAGUUGUCUAGAUUCCACUUGUGACUAUAGGAUAUUGGUAAACCUAUUUUAAUGACACUGACUGUAAAAGUCUUUCUCUGUCAUGUAUUUUGAAAUUUGAUCAUCUAUUUGUCUAUAUGUCGUUAUUUAGGCACAGAAAUUGAGAUUUAUUUAAUGUCAGUUAAUUAAAUCUCAAGAAGCAUCACAGACUGCAUCAAAGUACCAAAACUCUGUUGCAUUCAUUAGAAAUUUCAGCGUGAAUUGCUGUUUGCAGCCUGUUUUCUUUUGUAAUCAGAGAAAAAAAUGGGGCAGGAAAUUGAAUUGUGAGAAGAGCGUUAUAAACCAGAAUGGAGAACGAAGAACGAAGGCAGGUUGGGUGAAUAAAAUCACUGAAUAGCUCUGGCUAUUGGUUAACAUCCAAUAACCAAAAAAGAAAGCUAGACAAACUAUUUAUUUGCUUUAAAAAACUGAAGAAUUGAUCGUAAUAAAUCUAGUAAAUAAAUAGAGUCAUUUAGAUUACACGUUGACUUGCAGCCUUUCAGAACAUGAAAAUAGACCGUUUUAGAAGAACUUGUGCAAAUGUUAACUCUCAAAACUGUCCUGUAUUAGCUUUAAUGCUGGUUUAAAGGGGCUUUCAUACCAAGAACGAUAAACAUAAUAACAAAUACAAACCUGUAAUAAUCAUUAUACUUCUUUACAAAUAGUGCAUUCCAAACCACAACUUUAACUAUAAGGGCACCUAUGGCUGCGAUCACUUUUACAAUUUUUCCUGCCAGCUGAUGAACAAUAAUAAAUAAAUAUAUAUAUAUAUAAAAAACUCUGAAUACAUACAACUUCAACAUUUAAAGUGGGAAUUACAAAAGUGCAGCAUUUACCUACAGCACAAUAAACAAUGUUUUGUUUAUGUGGUUUUGUUGGACAUGGAAUAAAGUUAUUGUUGCAUUUAUCCUUUUUGAUAUGAAUUGCCUUAAAAACCUGGUACUAGAGAUAUGCAGUACUAGAGACUAGAUCAAGUCCCUACAGUUCUUUACUAACGUUUAGGUUCUUAAAACGCUAGAUUAACAGAAUUCAAAACAUGUAAAAAUAUCAACAGCAUUUUACAGUUAGUCUAUUAAGUCUAGAUUUGAGUACAUAUAUAAAUUAGACUAACACAAAGAAUCUCAGAAAUGUAGAGAUAUCUGUACCAAUUCUUAGUAAGCAUCCUGAUAUACAUACAUACAGCUAGAACUGUGCAAACCCUAAUUAGUUUGAGAUCUAAAGUGUCAGCAAUCAUUACUAGGCUCUGAAAGCGAGAAUAGAAAUGCUGUCAGGUCCAGUAUCAGAGCUAGAGGCCUUACUGUAAAAGCUUAUUUAGUCUGAAUGUCAAAAAUGAGACUGAUGAGUGCUGGGUUUCCCUCUCCUAAACCGAAACGGACUGCUAGGAGGAUAACCCAGAAACUGAUUCUGGACCAGCGGUCCUCCCACAUGGAAGUUUACCUAUGAGAAGUAUCAUUUAUUAACAAUAUAAAAGCAAAUAAAAAAUGAAA